GCUCCCGCCGGGCCCACACGCAACCACGUGGGGAGCAGCGGCAGCAGGAGACGACGAGAAUCAGUAGAAGCAACAGCAGCGGCAGCGAGGAGGAGGACGAGGCGGGGAACCACGACCACAACGAGGUGGAGGAGGAGGGCUCUAGCUUCAGGUUCACCUCCUCGCAGCGCGGCCUCCACCAGCAGUCGGCGCCACGGAAGAGAUUCUUUUGCUGGAACAAAGCGGCGGCCAUGUUGUGGAGGGCGCUGCACAGGUAUUACCCGUAUGCCCUGCCGGGGGUGGCGGCGGUGGCGGCGUGGGCCUGGUACUCUUGGAGGAGGAAGGCGGCGUGCAAGGCCACGAGCACGGGAAACUCCACCAAGAGGACUCAGUCGUGUGACGGCGUCGCAGCCCCCGCGGAUUCCUCCCGUGUGUGCGCAAACCCUGACGACGAGCUCAAUGUCUGCGCCGCACCGGACGUUGACCCGCUCGGGCCUCGUGAAUAUCCUGCCACGUACCCUCCCGGAUCGGCCGGCUGCCUGUCGGCCGAGGCGUGCGUCGGCCCGUCCGUUGGCGACGCGGAUGGAGUCUUGUCCGCUAAAUUCGGCGCCGUUUUGCCGGACAAACGCGACGGGCUCACGUGUGGAGCGGGAGAAACGACGGCGUCUCCUGGUGAAACCGCGGAGGUCCCGGUCGCGGCACGCGCGGCUACCGACUUGUCAGCGGGUGCAUGCGAGAGUCUCUCUGAACGUGAAACGCCCGUGGAACGUCCCGAAGAUAAAUCGUGCGAUGCGCUGCCUUCGAGCGAUGCGCACGACACGCCGAGUUCACUCGCCGCGUCGUCGAACAGAAACCUCUUGGCUGAGCCACUUGCAGCCCCGCAUUCGACGAGCGAGCGCGAGACCUUCGCCACAGCAGACACGUCGGACAUUUCAUCCGCUGCCGACUCCAUCAGCCCCCUGUCGGCCGGUGCUUCCACGGACAGGUCCAUAAUGGACAUCGGCGAUGCCCUUGGUCUAGUCAACAAUUCGGGUGCGUUGUUAUCCAACGAGCGUAAGGAUUUGUCGAGUUCCGAUUUAAGAAAUGGUCCGGACGCAGUUGGAAGUGUUCCUAAAGCAGUGGCCGUCGUCAACCAAUCGCCUGCCAAGCUAGACUCUCCAGUUGCAGUUGAAACGAUCGCUAGUCUAACACCGCUUCACGCCCGCGGUUCCUCUGCUUCACCCGAAGCAGGAGAUGCGUCGACGUCAACAAAUGCGAGUGGUGGCAAACGCGACGUCAUUGCAGACGCUCGAAGAACCUCGGAGCCUGCGCGGGCGCACGGUUCGCGGCGAGUCGGCGCAGCGGACAGCACCGUCGCCGCCAAUGCUGGCAGACCCAGCGCUGUGGCGACCAUCUGCAGUCGUGAUGUCCCGUCGUCAAUUGUGAAAGCGCCUCGCGCCACGUUGGUCAGCCGCGACGUGGGCGAAUCGGCACCAACGCUCGAACGAUCGGAAUUGCGUUGCCAGAACGGCAAGGAGUGUGAAGCGAAGGCCGCCGCUGCGGAUGGCGCGGCAUCCACCAACGGGUCGAGGGCGUCCGCCGGAAAAAUGGUACGCGAGCGGAAUGUUUCUGACGGCGUGCUCUUAGACGAAAGUGUUGGCGGUGGGGCAGCGUUGCGCAAAGCAGGCCGCGCGGCGACGGGCGGCUGCGACGAUGGAAAGGCGCCCAAGGGCGAGGCUCUGGAGCGCGGCGAAAGUUGCGAAGUUGGCGAAGAGGGACGAGCCAACGAUUGCGGCGAGCGCUACGAUCCCGAAGGAAGCGACAAAGUGGACCCAUUGUGUCUGAAGAUGGAAAUGGGAGGGAAAAUCUCGAGAGAGAAUUACCUCGGUGGAUCUGGAAAGGAUGAUAAAAAUGACGACCGUUUUAUUCAGGAAGCUGAGCCUCUUGAUUUGAAGGAUACGCAUGCGGUACGCUGUUCUCCGCUUGAAACGGCGAGUCGCUCGAAUGAUUCGCAGCCGACUCCAGGGACGAAUUCGGUGGCGGUGGCUGGAGGUGUCAAAUGUGAUUUGGAAAUCCCCGGCAGCUUCGAGAGGAAAGCGAAGAUUCCAGCCUUGUGCCGCGAAGAACCGGAGAGUUCGCCUCCGGACAAAACCACCCGCGCCGAGGAGGCGCGGCACAACGGCGGCGACGCCGCGGACUGCAAGGCGCCCGAGGAGCGGUUCGCUUCGGGUUUUGUGGAAAAACUCAUUCGGGAUGCGAGGGUGUCUUUCGCGAACGUGCUCUUGGAAGGGAGCGACGAGUCGGAGAAUCGGCCGGUCCUGAGCAGCAGGUUAUCGGCGGAGGCGGCCCCCUUCAUGCCCACGUCCGCGGAAGCCACGGUAGCUGAAGCUGUGCCCCGCGGAGGGGUGGAGUCUCCCCCGGCCCACGCCGCAAGUGAGGGGAGGCGCGCUCGUGGCCGCGAGCCGGCCGCCGGCGCUUCGCCGAGCGACGCGAAGGGGAAGGGCGACAAGAAGACGGCGGAGGCGGAGUCGCUUGUGAAGAGCAAUCUUUCGGCGGAAGCUGCCCCGUUCACGCCAACCCCGGUGGAGAAUCUCCCUGCGGGUAAACGUUCUGUUGGAGAGGAAACAUCGGAAGGAGAGGCGACAUCCGAGAACGCCUUGUACGUCGGGGACUUGUGGAAAAAUCUUAAUUUUGGGGUGAACAUGAAGGAGCUGGAAAACUCGCCGAACGAAGGAAAGUCGGGUUCAAAGUUUUUUCCGUUGUCUUGUCCCGAAGGCAAGUGGCUCAUGAAGGACAGAACCGCCGAGAAGUCUCCGAAAAGGAAAGCGGUGAAGGUAGCGGUGGAAUUUCUCGAUAAAAACUCCGCCGGCGGUGGUCGUGUGCCGGCAGCUUUACCGGUGGACGUCUGUACGAGGGGUGACCCUAAAGAGGCCGCGGUCGACGCAGAGGAGAACAUGACCAAUGGAUUGAGCACGGGUUCGGAGAACAGCGAGUCAACGGUGAUGCUCGAUGAUUCUUACGGAGAAGCUGUGAGCGAUGGCAACUGCCCGUGUGUCACUGGUUCCGGUGACGACGGUGAAAUGGUGAUCUGGGAGUUCCACGUGUCAAAGAUUUUGGUUGGCCGCCUCAUUGGAAAGCAGGGGAAGUUCAUCAACUAUCUGAAGGAGGGCUCCGGAGCCAAGAUCUACAUCAUACAACUGGCCUUCACGUCUGAUUUUCAGGUCGUCCAUAUAGAAGGGACGGACAAGCAAGUGGACGCCGCGCUGAAGCUCAUCCGCAAGAAGUUUAAGAACUUAAACAUGAAAAACAUCGCGGCCCCCGUGCUGCCGCCGAUCGGCCAUGUUGUCGUGCCCGUGGCACCGGUGCCCAUCCCUCAGGGGAUUUCGGUGGACGUGACGGUGCCGUGGUUCGACGCGUACGGGAACCUGUUCCUGCAGCAGUACACGCACCCCACGUUCCACGCGCUCGACUCGCUGGACCAGGCCCUCAACGCCUGCUACUCGCAGCCCAACCUGCCGACGCCACCUCCACUCAGCGUCAACUCGGUGUGCGCGGCGCUCUUGGAGAGCCACUGGUAUCGAGCACAGAUCGUGGAGUACUACCCGGAGAGCAACGAGGUGGAGGUGAAGUGCCUCGACUAUGGAGGGUACUACAAGAUACUCGACUCCGACCUGCGACAGCUCAGGACUGAUUUUCUGACGUUGCCUUUUCAAGCAUCACUUGUGUUUUUUGCGAAUAUCGCUCCUCCGCCCGAUCACACGUGCUACUCGGAGGAGGCGCUGUUGGCUGUGAACAAGCUGACGCUGGGCGCUCACCUCAUUGCGGAGGUGACGCAGUUCGACACGGUGUCACAGAUGCCCUUCGUCAACCUGUGGCUGAUCAAGGAUGGAAGGUCUCAGAUGAUCAACAAGAUGCUGGUGGACGCCGGCCACGCGCGGUGGCUGUCGUAACGCCGACGCCACGCUCACAGCCUCUCCCUUGGUGGUGGGUACCAAGAAGAGAGGAUGCAGUUGAACCCCCUCUCAACGACGGUUGUUGGGUUCCACGAAACCGGUAGUCAAGUGAUUUGGUCGUUAAGCGAGUAUAGGAAAUACACGCCAAAGGCUUAAUUCGUCCCGAUAGCAUUGAAAGGUACCAUUUUUCACCCAAUAAACGUGCUUUAUAAUAAUAUAAUUAAGCAAUGGAUGUGAAUACAGAAAGAUACUAACAACAUUAUGAACAUGUAAUAUCAAAAGAAGCAUUGUUAAUCGAUGCGUUAAUUCAUAUUUACUGUGCCUACGACAGCUGUCGUUAGCAGGGGAUUGGUCGGUAAGCGAACACGUUGGGCUGUAUGGAGGCCCGUCGUUAACAGGGGUGGUCGUUACGAGGGGUUUCUACUGUAUGUCCUCGAGGCACUUUUCCUCACUUACUUGAUUGCUCUACUUUUAUAUUUGUAAAUAAUUUAGAAGUGUCGCCACGAUUCAACUCGUGCUGGGGUGUAAAUGGUGCGCGCGCUAAUGACCGGCGAUGACUUUGAUCCAUCUUUCACUUUUUUGUUUUUACUUAUUCUCGUUCACAAAUAUACAACUACUGUUGGUUUUGUAACCGUCAUUUCGGUGGUGAGCAUUGGAAAUUAAUUUACUUUAAAACACUAGAAAAUGCCCAAUGAUUGCAGAUGUCAAACUGGAAAAAAUGUGUACAUUAAUUGUGUUAUUUGUUGAUGGCUUCUAUUCUCUAAAUUUAAUCUGUGAGCCACUUGACGAUGACGUUUCCCUAAUAUGCCAUAACAAUGUACAAGUUGCACUUGACCUCGAGAUUCCUGAUCCUGUCCGGCCGUGUGAAAUGCGCGCUCCAGUAAACAGAGGUUAACUCGCACAGAAACUCACAAACACCUUGUUGUGAAAGGCCUCGCGCAGAAGAUCCCUGGGUUUGAUCGUCCACGAAGCUGCUCAUGUUCCACCCUGAACUGCAUCCGCUGCACAAAUCAUGGCAGAUGCGGAUACCCGAUGCAUAAACAGAAAAUAAAAAAAUCCUCCAGUCAGUGUGCGACUGUGGGGUCAUCUAGCACAAAGACCGUACAACGUAUAUCGACGCAAUGCCCCGGUCCACAAAUACGACGGAGACGUCGCGUCGAUACACUACUCCCGCUGCUCCCGACGUGGUUUUUGUCUGGGCUUGACCACCUGAAUGUGAAAUUGUCGUUAUUUGCUCUGCAUCUACGGAAGAAGAAGAAGUCGUACAAUUGCCUAGGUUUUUUCGCAGUCAUUAUGUACGGCUGUGUUUUCAGGUUGGUACCGUGCGCUGUUCCGCACGAUGUCUGACAGUUUUGCUCCAGGUGCGGGGGUGGGGGGUGGGGGGGCUUCUUCAGGAACUGAAAUCAUUCCGAAACAACGUGCGGCACAAUUACUAAAACACAUCGGAAUAUUAUGGAGCUUAACAUAUGCACGCACCACGUGGAAUGUAAGCAAAUGUGUCCACUCCCAUACCUCGGUAAAGUUUUGUUGUUUUGGCUUUGGGAAAGAAUACUGGGUGCAGUUUAUUCUGUCGACUGCGUUCCCAAUGCGAUACGAAUUGUUAUCUUCGGUAAGUGAGGAAAAUUUGUAAUUCAAUCUAAAAAAAAAAUUGUGCUUUGUAAAACUAAUGUUACCAAAUACUGUGCGUGCAAAACAGGCCGUCGAUUUUAUUGUGAUUUUGAGAUCGCAGCAAAUUAGAGGAUAAGUUAAAGAAUUUUUUUUUUUAAGAAUUUAGUUCGUAGCUUGUUAACUGUUAAACAUGCUCCACUGUUGAAAUGUUAUGGCUAGAAAUAAACGAGUUGUGCAUUGGCAAUACCAAAGGCAUGGGGCCUAGCCGUGUCUGGAUUGUAAUUUGUUUUCUAAUUCGCAGCUCGAUUGAGUUGCUUCCACCGUGGCCUUCUCGUGCAGGGAUCCCUCGAUUUCGUGAAAGGGAAAUGUGUUCUUUAGAAAAAAACGUGUUAAAUCGAAAUCUCCUAAUAGUUAACCUUGUGAAAAAUAAGUAUAGGCUUUACCCUUUCUGGAAAUAGAACCGGUGUUAAGAUGCUCAAACACCAAAUGGAUACCUUUUUGCAAGGAAUGAAGUCUGCAUUAACCACACACUGUCCUUGUUGUGAACAUGCAAACAAACUUAUACUAUAUGGGCAUUGUCUUUGAAACUGAUUGGCCUACACCAGAGACAGCUGUGCAUAUAUUAUCAGAGUUUAUUUGGUGUUUGAGCAUCUUAAACACCUGUUCUCGUGCCCGAAAGGGUAAAACCGAUUCUUAUUUUUCAUACUUUGAUACUGGCAAGAAGGGUCCCAUGAUAUAAUUGACCUUUUCAGCGAACUCGCCAAAAGAUCCUGCUGCAUGUUGGAAUGACUGGCAAGGCGGCGGCGGUGUUCUGGGGGCAUGACUGUUGCCACUGCAAGGGACACCGUGACGAUGUCAGCCUCCCGGCCGUGGCUUCUCACUUGACGAUGUCACUGCGCGGGGACUUGACGUAGUAACAUUUAAUUUAUCCUGGAGAUUCGAUUUAAAAAUUCAUCGAAAAACGUGUCCGUAAUUUGUUCACGCUACAUUAACGCGACAUUUCGUAAAAAAAAACCCCAGCGUUUGUAAAUCGAGGGAUACCCACGUGCAGCGUUUCUCCUCCUGUACGUUCAGGAGAGUUGUUACAGCAAUGCCACGGGCACCUCCUCUUUAGCACAAUGUAAUUGUGUUUUGGUUCGACGUCUACUGAUUUUGUCGUCAUCCGGUCCGCUCUGCUGUUUUGCGGGUUCAGAUUCACGCCCUCGCAAAAUGGCAUCAAAACUUUGAUUGCCUUUUGUAACGUCGCACCUCGUUCGUGGAACCAUUGGUAACCAUUCUUGCAAAUGUUGGAUGAAAGUUUCGGUUCACCAACAUGCAACUCGCCACCGAUUUCCCUUAAGGGCGUGUAAGGGUUUGCGUAUCUAACGGGGGGCGCUUGCUCGAAAGCCUCGUCCAACUCCCAGAGCGCCUCGCAUCAUCUCCACCGGUUUCAAUGCCCUGCUGUGGUCUGGCCAAGUGGGUCCCCGGUGGCAGCUGUCCCCUCCACUGCACAGUGUGCUCUGCACAGCAGUCAAAUCGGCAUUAGUCUGCAAUGUUGCUGUUUUUGUCCCCCCCAACCCCACCCCCCAAUUUCAUAAUUUGGAAGCAAUUUAUAAAAUUUGGACCGUGAUGCUUCGCGCAGCCGAUGGCCGCAAGUCACGCGCUGCCCAGCGGUGCUUUUCAUCCGAUAAUAUAUUUUGUGAAAAAUGCACAGAAUGUUUCCAUCGCCAGCAAAGAGAGGGCAGCAUCGCAACGGCGAACCAUCUGUUUCGGUCAUUCAGUCGAGGCACGGACCUGGACCCGAUGGGUGUGUGUUCAAACUUAAGCCACUAUUUUUUUUGUUGUUGAUUGCUAUGCCGCACUGAUCUUUUGAAAGACUGCUACAAUUUAGCGAGUUCACUCUAAAAUGUCGCCUGACCUGUGUUGGGUCAUUAAAGCCUUGUUCCUCUUG